UUUAAAAAGCACUCAUGUAUUUUCACUUCGGAGAAGUGACCAGUCGGUACAGUUCUAAAGAAGACCCCAAUAAUCCAUUAUUUCUUAACUUUUGUAUGACGAAUAUAGAAAUUGAAAUGUCUGUCCAAAAACGUUGGCAACUUUGAACAUUGGACAGCUUAUUUCACCUUAAUUUGAGUAGGGCGUUUGGUUGUUUGUGACACGUAUGAUGGUGAGGAAUUGUGUCUUAGGCUGGUUUUUAACAAUCCACUUGUCCCUGGUGACGGCAUGGUAUUUACCAGGGAUAUCACCGAUCAAUUAUUGUCCACCACCGGUCGAUAGUGAAAGUAACUGCAAGGUUUGAUUUCUGCAGUUUGUCUUCAGAGCCAUCUCCUGUCGAAAAUCUCGGUCAGGUGGUCUUUGGAGAACGUCUAUCACCAUCGAGUUAUGAGAUCAUAUUUGGCAAAGAAGAGACAUGUAAAGUCCUUUGUUCGAAAAAAUAUUCACAUACUGACUACAAGAAAUAUUUAUUUAUUACCAAGGCUAUUAUGAUGGGCUAUGAGCACCAUUGGGUUAUAGAUAACUUACCAGUUACAGUUUGUGUUCAAACUGUAGGCGGAAAAAAGUAUUGUAAAACUUCUAUUCCACUUGGAUGCUUUGAAGGUAAUCAGGAUAAAUUGGAUUCUGUGUGUUUAGGAAUACCUUUGGCCAAACAUCGUACGAUCUUGUUGAAUCAUGUCAGUCUGCAUAUUGUCUAUCAUCCAGUUAAAGAUUCAUGGAGUAGGGCAGGAAAUGUUAAAGCUGGACGUAUUCUGUCAGUGAUUGCCAGUCCUAGUAGUAUUGCUCAUCCAAACAAUGCACCGGAUUGUACAUCAAAGCAGUCAUUAAUACUCCCGUCUGAUUUAAAGGAUGAACUUAAAAUAACUUACACAUACAGCGUAACAUUCGAAGAGGAUCUAACGCGUAAAUGGUCAUCUCGUUGGGAUUAUAUUUUGGACACAAUGCCUCAAAGUAACAUUCAGUGGUUAUCUAUUUUGAAUUCAUGUGUGUUAACAUUAUUCCUUUCUGGUCUUCUUGCAACCAUUCUUCUGCGUACACUACGUCGUGAUAUUGCUCGUUACACAGAACUUGAAAGCGCUACCGCUGUUCAAGAGGAAUCUGGCUGGAAAUUAGUUCACGGUGAUGUAUUUCGUCCGCCUAACUGGGGUAUGCUUUUCUCAGUUGUUAUUGGCUCAGGAGUUCAAAUCUUUCAAAUGUUAUUGGUCACCCUAUUUUUUGCAUGUCUUGGAUUUUUAAGUCCAGCCAAUCGUGGUGCGUUGAUGACUUGUGCUUUGGCUGUAUUCGCUUGUUUAGGAGCUUCUUCAGGUUAUGCUUCAGCUCGAAUCUACAAAUUUUUCGGCGGUUUGCGAUGGAAAACUAAUGUUAUACUAACUGCAACAGUUUGUCCUGCCUUAGUUUUUUCAAUGUUUCUUAUUUUGAAUGUCGCACUUUGGAUUUUGGAUAGUGCAACUGCUACUCCAUUUGGCACUAUAGUGGCACUUUUAGCACUUUGGCUUUGUGUUAGUCUACCCUUGUGUUUUCUUGGAGCAUUCUUCGGUUUCAGGAAGCCAGUAUUUGAAACUCCUGUUCGUACUAAUCAAAUACCACGACAAAUACCUUAUCAAACUUUCUAUAGUAGACCGUUGACGGCAUUUUUCAUUGGUGGAUUAUUGCCGUUCAGUUGUAUAUUCAUUCAAUUAUUUUUUAUAUUCAAUAGCAUAUGGGGAGCACAAUUUUACUAUAUGUUUGGUUUUCUAUUCUUAGUUUUCAUUAUGCUGGUCAUUACAAUAUCUGAGACAUCUAUACUAAUGUGUUAUUUUCAACUGUGUGGAGAGGAUUAUCGCUGGUGGUGGCGUUCACUAUAUACAGGAGCUGGAACAUCAUUCUAUUUAUUUGUUUAUUCCAUUCAUUAUUUUGUGACACGUUUAGAAUUUCAAGAUGCAGUCUCGGCAUUCCUUUAUUUCGGUUAUACAGCCAUCAUUUUAUGGCUUAACUUUUUAUUUACCAGUUCUAUUGGCUUUUACGCGUGUUUCUGGUUUGUUCGAAAAAUUUACGGAGUUGUAAAAGUCGACUAAAAUGGUGAACUAGUGUGAAAAAGCCCCUGAAAAACAAUUUUUUCAUUGGAGAAUGAAAAGAAAGACAUAUCUUUUGUUAACAAAUCAAACAUUAUGCGAUAUAUUGUACCGCCGGUUGUUUUUUUCGAAACAGUGUUCAUUUUUUUUUUCCUGUUUUUGUAUAUUUUCAUUCCUGCAUUGUAUGAUUGUUACACAUUGUUACUAUCAUUACUAUCACCGUUUAUUAUGAUUGUGUUUGUGCUUAUGUUCCUUAUUUAAGCACUCAUACACAUUAAUGCAUCAACUAUAUAGAUAUAGCACAUUCACUGUUUCUUUCUUGGUUCUUUCGUCAUAUAUUCUGAGGCAAAAAUCGUACAUCUUAUAAUAAACACUAUACAUUUCUAUAUUUUUAAGUUAUUUUGUUCAUACUAAUCGAGUUAACAAUCGUGGUGAUUUAUAUCACCCUCUGUGAUACAUAUAUAUAAUACAUUGCACGAAAGUAAUUAUUAUUUAAUUCUUU